GUUAGAAGAGUCCCGGGUUCUAGUGGCCAUCUCCAUAAGACAGAAGAUGGGGAUUGGGAAUGGAGUGAUGAUGAAAUGGAUGAGAAAAGUGAAGAAGGCAAGGCUGCUUUUUCCCAAGAGAAGUCACGAAGAGUAAAAGAAGAGGCAGAUGCAGAGAUUUCCAUGUAUUCCAGCAAUAUCCCUGACCAAAUACAGAACCUGUCUAUAAAAGGUUCUCAGGCACGAUCUGCUAUUACGAAUGAAUAUAGCGCUGUUCCAUGUGCUGUGAAUCUUGUUUUACGACUAAGGAAUUCCAGAAAGGAACUUAAUGACAUACGAUUUGAGUUUACUCCAGGCAGAGACACGGCAGAUGGUGUAUCUCAAGAGCUGUUCUCUGCAGGCCUGGUUGAUGGUCACGAUGUAGUUAUAGUUGCUGCUAAUUUACAAAAAAUAGUAGAUGACCCCAGGGCCUUGAAAACAUUAACCUUCAAGCUGGCUUCUGGUUGUGAUGGUACCGAAAUCCCUGAUGAGGUAAAACUGAUUGGGUUUGCUCAGUUAAGCGUCAGCUGAUGCCAGCGCACCUGACCCCCAGCAAAAGGGUGUGAUUGCGAAGAGGCCAGCUUUACAUUGUGAAGGAAGUUUUUCAAGCACCCCACGCGGACAGUUCCGCUUCAUUCAGUAGCACCUCACCAGGUUGGAACAAGCGAAAGCCCACCGCUCCACUGCUCCUGCUAACAGUCCAGAAGCUCCUAAAUGCUGCUCUAGCAAUCAGGUUGGAUUUCCCUGGCAUGAGAACAGACGGAUUGGAAACGCGCUCAAGUGGCUGUGUCCACCGGCCACAAAAGGAAUUUUCUAUCAGAGCUAGUCCUUCUUUCAUUAAAACAAAACAGUCAUUAUUUUAGUGGAUAAUUCUGAUUCGUUGGUUGUAUGUAGAAUGCACAUAAUUAUAAAUGCUAGGGUUUAUUAGCCAAACUUGAAUUCCUGAUUUAAAACCAACUGUG